AUGCCGAAACGGGCAAGAAGUCUCAAACGAGCACAGUCUCAAGCUGCUAUAGCAGCCCGUUGGAGUGAAAAACGGGUUUGUCAUGCAAAAGAGGAGUUUUCUCAUGGUGAUUUUGGUGGUGAAAUAAAUCCAAAGAUGUUUGAAAACAUCGGUAAAACUUUUAGCAAUGAAAAUGAUUUCCUUGGGAAACUGGAUUUACCCAUGAUUGGAGAUCUAUUUGACAUCUGCAAAAACGAAUGGGGAUCAAGAAAGCUUACUACAUUGUUAUAUAUGAUUCUUCGUUAUUUGGGCCAUCAGUGGCGAAUUAUUGAUGAUAUUUUUCGACGGAUUGGUGCGAAUCGAUGUGAAACAGCACAUAAAUGGGCGGAAACAUUUUUAUCUGGAGAUUUCGAGGUAUUCAUGAACGAUGGUCGUGGCGGAAAAAAUACUGAUUCUUUCUACGACAUUUUUCCUGAAUUAGAAAUUGAAGCGAAAUGCUUUGUUGCUGAUGCAUGUGCUCGAAAAUCGGCUGAUUUUACUGUAUCAAAUUUGGCAAAGUUUAUUGAUGAAAAAUAUUACGAUAUUAGUCAAACGACGAAAGUUAAUGAUGCAUUGAUACGUUCAGAAACGAGCUGUAGACUCGACCUAAGAAGAUGGGGUGCAAAAUUUGACAGAAACAAUCAACGGCCUUAUUUUGAAGGCCAUGAAAGACCAGAUGUUGUUGAUCAUAGAGAACAAUUUAUUUCGUAUUUCCUUGAACGAAAAGAUAACUACUAUACAAUCGACGAUAGUGACAUGGCUACAUGGCAAACACCGACUCAGAAACCAUGCAUUCUGAUCUUUCAUGACGAAUCAACAUUUCAGAGUGGCGAUGUGUCAUAUAAACGGUGUCUUAUAGAUGAGGAGACUUCAUUUUUCUGUAAGGGAAAGGGUCGAAGUCAUAUGAUUUCAGAUUUUCUCAUCUGUCAUCCAUCUGGACCAUUUUUUUCUCUAUCUGAAUCUGAAUUCCAAGAGGCAUCUAAAGUAUAUCCGAAUUUGUUAACGGAUACUGGCAUUAAAUACAUUGGAUAUUCUGCAACUGCUGGUAUCAAUCUUGGAUAUGACGUGUACUUCGACAACGAAACUAUACUAAAUCAAUUCGAACGACUGUUUCAGUUGUUGCCUUUCAAGGCAGAAUAUAAAGAACACGACUUCGAGAUUAUUGUUGAUAAUGCUCGGACACACUCUGCGAAAGAGUUCAGUUUGAAUGAUUUUAGUAAAGGAAUUGGGACUAGAUGUAGAGGAGAUUCAAUAGAAUUUAUUGAUGAUGAUGGCAAAAACCAACGGCUACCUUGUUUUUUCUCUAGUGGUGAAAAUAAAGGAAAGUCAAAAGGAUUAUUGGUAUUAGCGAAAGAGCUAAAACUUGAUGUAGAUAAUAAUAUAAAACUUGAUGAUCUUCAACGACUUUUGUCUAAUCAUUCAGCAUUUAAAAUCAUAAGUCGACUUCAAAAACUUGCUGCAAAACAUCAAAUGAAAAUAAUUUUUAAUCCUAAGUAUCAUUGUGAAUUAAAUUCUAUCGAAGGGUUGUGGUGCUCAAUGAAACGUUAUAUUCGACAAAAAAGCGAUCAAACUUUUCCAACGAUGCUUCAACUUAUUCCUGAAUCUAAAGAAUAUUUUCUUGAGAAAAAUCUUCAAAAAAAGCUUUUUCGACGAUUUUGGCGUACUCUUAAUGCUUAUAGUAAAGGUAAAACAUAUAGUGAAGUAUUACAACUUUUCUUCAGUGGAUCAUGUAAAUACGAUAUUGCAUCGCACAGAAAAAUAACUAAUUCUAAUCUCGAUCAUUAA